CUUGGAGCGAAGCUACACCCUUCAACCUCUCGACGUGCCUUCUCCUCACCAAAGUGUCGGCAGGCCUCGCGUGCGACUUUUUGCAUUUCCGGUUUCGACGCUCGCAUCGCGCGCGGAUCGGGCAGAGGGCGACGCCUUACCACGAGUCUCUCGCGAGUCGGACACAAGGUGCAGCAAGCAGCACUUGCGAAACGCUCUUCCCUGAACCCUGAACCAUCCGCCCGGGAGGGUGAGAGCGAGGUGCGCUGCCGGGGCGGGAGAAACGACGCUGACCUGGCUCUGCCCGACUUCAACUCUUCGGGAUUUCCGCCUCGUUUCCAGGACACGCCUGCGCCGACUACGACGACGACGCAGCGGCAACAGCAUCAUCGUCAGCGGCAACAACGAAGCAUGUGUGCAGCAGAUUGUGCUCCUUAUUAGCCUACCUUAUCCGACGCCAUCCUAUUCAGGCGUGCCACGACUGUCUCAGCGCCCAGAGACAUAUUGACAACAUAGCGUGCCUCGCUCCCUUGCCCUCGGUCUCACAUUCGACGGCAACGCCUCGCCUGGUCAUAAAGUCCUGUGCUCUCUCCUUCCAACCAGGCGCGAGCUCGCUCACGAGCCGCUGCGACGCCUGCCCGCCACCACCAUGAGACUCCCUUUUCGCAAAAAGGAUAAGAAGAAGAGCGAGUCGUCGUCGUCGUACCCCGAAGAGUUCCGUUCUUGGCCGCCCUCCACAGCCUUUCACGCGCCGCCCACGUACAACUCGGCGAACCUUCUGAAUCACUUCCCUCACGCCGUGCUGCAGCGCAUCUUCGCCUUUGUCUGUCCGCACACCCGCGACGAGAGCUACGAACCGUGCGAAGAGAGCGCCAACGACCAUGGGUGCAUGCUCUGCGACCUGCGCGACCUCUCUCACUGCGCGCAGGUGAAUCGGUCAUGGCGAGCGAGUGCCGUCACGGUCCUUUAUCACAGCGUCCGCAUCGACCCUGUGCAUUACUGCAAGCUGGAGGCGUUCCUGGCGGAGAAGCGCAAGAAGACGUCGCGGUUUGAUCGCAAUGGCAUUCCCGAGGACCCCGCCCUUGCCCGCCUGAGGCUGUUCCGACGGACCGUUCGUGAUGACCCGACGCGGAUAGGCAAGCUCGUCCAGUUUCUCAAGACGCCGUACAUGAUCCGCGAGUCCUGCCACGUCGAGCUGGCCCAAACCAUUGCCGUCCUUCCCAACAUCAAGUACGUUGACCUGCCCGAGGGCAUGUUCGCCGACGAGCCCAACUACGCGACGCUACGGCUCGAGGUUCAGGCCCGAUGCCCAAACCUGCGCAAGAUGGCCUACGUCAAGGGAUCCGAGAGGAGCUUUGCCGCCUUGGCCCAGCCGCAGGUAUGGCCGUGUCUGGAGGUGCUGGAGCUCGACCGUCUGGACGUGGACCCGAUGGUCCUGCGAAACGUCCUGGGUUCCCUCACGAGGCUCCGUGCCCUCAAAGUGACGGAGACACCGAGCUUCUCCGACGAGGUCAUGGUCGUUGCCGACGGCCUGCCACCCAUGCCGGCACUAGAAGAACUGGUGGUCAAGGAUGCGGCGCGGAUGACGGUCGCAGGCCUCGUCGAGUAUCUGUCGUGGUACGAGACGCAGAUGGCGCUCCGGGUGCUGACCCUCAAGGACACGGGAGUGCAGCCCUGGCGGCUCCAGGAGGUCUUGCAGAUGGCGCCCGCACUCAGGACGCUUGCCAUCCAAUCCAAGGUGCAGGAUCCGUUCCCAACCCACGAGUCGCCCGCGCUGUUAUCGUCCAAGAGGCUUAAGACGCUGCGGUACGAGAUAUCGUCGACGUCUGGAGCAGGCCCGUACGCCACUCCCGGAUACUACACGUAUCUUGCAUCGUGCAUCAUGGCGGGCAACCUGCCCAGGCUGCGCAGGCUUUACGUGCGCGACGAGAGCUUUCCCGAAAAGCUCUCGGGAUUGCCGCCGCCCCAGGCCGCCUUUUCCGGCAGACGGCCAGGUUCCAGCUCGUCCAACGCGAGCCCGCCGGCGGUACGAGUCUCGCCACUUCCCGUCCAGCCGCCUCGCUCCCCUACGUUUCCCACCCGACAGCCAAUGUCGCCCAAAGGCAAUCCUAACCGGUUCAGCUCCAACAAUCCCUUCGCGCAACCCAGGGCGGGACCCUCUCCCCCGACGCAGACCCUCGAGGUGUUUACCAAGAACGAUGAGUACGGAAAGUGGAACUUUGCUCGGGUCGACCCCAUCACGGUGGUCGAGGCGGGUGGCCAUGGCGACAGACGGCCAAUGAGUAGCUACGGCCUCGCCGCGGAUGUGACGGGCCCGGGCUGGGACCGCGGAGAGGCGCGCAGGAGUGUUUUGAUCGGCAAUGGAACGAGCGGUUUCCUGGCGGUGCCCGGUGGCACAAGCGACGCGGGGUUUACGCUCAGCGCGCCCCCGAAGCCGUUUGCCAACGCCACCGGGCCUCGCAGCAGCGGUGGUGAGCCGAGGAGGACUAGGGGACAAUGGAGUUAGGAGGGUGCGCCGGACGCACAGGGAUUUGAGUUGGCCGCGCGUGCCACGAUGCCUCGUCGGGCCAUCGACGGGCAAGGGAGACUGGGUUCAUGUCCAGACGACAAAGAAGCGCGAGGAGACGACGCCCAAGAAUGACUGACGACGAUGGAGGCGGCGGCGACACUUUCAGCCGCACAACGUAAUGGCGGUUUCAUGGAAUGCAUCUAGAAACGAUGCAACGAGCACGUUUACAUCAAGGGGGAAGGGGUAGCACAGUAGCACUGUGUGCGCACGAAGUUGAAUGAGUCGCUGGCGUCGCCGAUAGGGGCCCCCCGUGAGCGGGCGGCAUUUGGGUCAAUGAGUAAUGCGAUGCGAUGUAUAUGUGCUGUCCGCGAAGGGGCCGCCAUGAGAUCACGAAUUUCAUGCCAUACCGUCUGUCCAUCGUCCGCCCUUGGACGGACGUGCCCUUUUUGCCAAUCAUGGCCCACCGUACGAAAGAAGUACGUUAUCGUUUGUAAUACAUGAG